AUACAAACAUACUGUGCUCUCUCCCUGCUCCACCAAGGGCUGGCGUGGGCAUCGGGGGCCCAUCAGCAGGAAAAUCAGCAGAGGCUGUCGGAAGGGCUGGGGGAAGGGUGAAAACAGCGGCGGCAGCAACAAAUAAACGGAGCAGCUAAACCCCCCCCUCCGUAGGAAAGAGGAGAGAGCAGGAGAGCCCGGGGAGGCUGUUUCAGGUCUCUUCACAGGAGCUUUCUGCAGCCCUUCCACAUCUCUUGCAAGUGUAUGUGCGUCCGUGUCCCAGGGAAGAGCAUCCUUCUAGGAGGGAGAGCUGGGAAUCAGAAGAGAAAACGCAAAACCAAACCACCAGCUAUUAUCCCUUCCCAAAAGGCAGGUGAGAGGGAGAGAAAGAAAGGAAUUUAAGGGAAUGAAGCUGGAGGAUCCAGAGACUCAGAGAGGAAAAGUUGUCCUGACGGGAGACUCUGCGUGCUAGAGCCUGAGCUCUGCUCCACGAUGGGAUUUCUCGUGUCUAAAGGAAACCUCCUUUUCCUGCUGUGUGCCAGCGUCUUCCCCGCCUUCGGCCACGUGGAAACCCGAGCCCACGCGGAGGAGCGUCUCCUGAAGAAACUCUUCUCUGGUUAUAACAAGUGGUCCCGCCCCGUCGCCAACAUUUCUGAUGUGGUCCUCGUCCGCUUCGGCUUGUCCAUUGCCCAGCUCAUCGAUGUUGAUGAGAAAAAUCAAAUGAUGACCACGAACGUGUGGGUGAAGCAGGAGUGGCACGACUAUAAGCUACGCUGGGACCCCCAGGAGUAUGAAAAUGUCACAUCCAUCCGAAUCCCCUCGGAGCUCAUCUGGAGGCCGGAUAUCGUCCUCUACAACAAUGCUGACGGUGACUUUGCAGUCACCCACCUGACCAAGGCCCACCUCUUCUAUGAUGGGAGAAUUAAAUGGAUGCCACCUGCUAUCUAUAAAAGCUCCUGCAGCAUCGAUGUGACCUUCUUCCCCUUUGACCAGCAAAACUGCACCAUGAAGUUUGGCUCCUGGACCUAUGACAAAGCCAAGAUAGACCUGGUGAGCAUGCACAGUCAUGUGGACCAGCUGGACUACUGGGAGAGCGGGGAAUGGGUCAUCAUCAACGCUGUGGGCAAUUACAACAGCAAGAAAUAUGAAUGCUGCACAGAAAUCUACCCGGAUAUAACUUACUCCUUCAUUAUCCGGAGGCUGCCACUGUUCUACACAAUCAACCUGAUCAUCCCCUGCCUGCUAAUCUCCUGCCUGACUGUCCUGGUCUUCUACCUGCCCUCUGAGUGUGGAGAGAAGAUAACUUUGUGCAUCUCCGUGCUGCUGUCCCUCACUGUGUUCCUGCUGCUCAUCACGGAGAUCAUCCCCUCUACCUCCUUGGUCAUCCCUCUGAUUGGAGAGUAUCUUCUCUUCACCAUGAUAUUCGUUACCUUGUCUAUUAUCAUCACUGUCUUUGUGCUCAACGUGCACCAUCGUUCCCCACGCACCCACACGAUGCCCGACUGGGUGAGGAGGAUCUUCCUUGACAUAGUCCCACGCCUCCUCUUCAUGAAACGUCCCUCUGCAGUGAAAGACAAUUGCAAGAAGCUCAUUGAAUCCAUGCACAAAAUAACCAAUACACCAAGGCUUUGGUCCGAGCUCGAUGCGGAACCCAACUUCACUACCUCAUCUUCCCCCAGCCCCCAGAGUAAUGAUCCAUCACCCACCUCUUCCUUCUGUGCCCACCUCGAGGAGCCGGCCAAGCCUCAGCCCGUCUGCAAGUCCCCUUCUGGGCAGUACUCUGUGUUGCACCCAGAGCCUGUACAGGUGACCUGCCCCUCUCCACAACCCUCGUGCCACCCCUUGAGUGACACCCAGACCACCUCCAUCUUGAAAGGCAGAUCGCUAAGUGUUCAGCAGAUGUACAGCCCCCAUAAGGCAGAGGAAGGGAAUAUCCGCUGUAGGUCCCGGAGUAUCCAGUAUUGCUACUUGCAGGAGGACUCUUCCCAGACCAAUGGCCAAUCCACUGGCUCUCCAGCAUCCCAGCGGUGCCACCUAAAUGAAGAGCAGCCGCAGAACAAGCCCUCUCAGUGCAAGUGUAAAUGCAAAAGGAGCGAGGCAGCUGGCACACCAGCUCAAGGAAGCAAGAAUCACAACGCCAAAGAGCAACAUCUUGUGCUGAUGUCCCCAGCCCUGAAGCUGGCAGUGGAAGGGGUUCACUACAUCGCGGACCACCUGCGGGCAGAAGAUGCGGAUUUCUCAGUGAAGGAAGACUGGAAGUACGUUGCAAUGGUCAUUGACAGGAUCUUCCUCUGGAUGUUCAUCAUUGUGUGUUUGCUGGGAACUGUUGGUCUCUUCCUCCCACCAUGGCUGGCAGGGAUGAUUUAAAUAUAGCCCCAGAAGGAAGAAAUUAUAUCCCACUCUGUGGAUUUUUGAUAACCUGGAAGGAAAGGAGCAGAGAAAUGGAGGCAGCCCUUUGAAUAAUUUACUGCGUGUCUGUGCUUGAGUUGCUCCAGAGCUCUCUGGGAAUACUUUCCAAGGUCGCAUCAUUUUACCAAGCCAUUUUCAUCUCCUCCAUCUAAUUUAGGGGAAAAGUUCUUAUUAAAGUCUGUACAUAGCAUGGUGGCAUCCAUUGGCAUAUACUCAGCAGUGUAAGAACACGAGCUUGUUCCCUAAAGCAGCGCAUAAAGAGGCUUCGCAUCUACAAACCAGCCCCCAGCAAAUUAGUUCCACUUGUCUUCAGAGGUCUCACUGUGCCCUGACUAGUAAUUUUUGCCCUGUCAAGCCAAAGUGGUUGAGGACUGUGUGUCCCUGUAUGAGUAAUUUUAUAAAUAAAGAUCCAGGUUUGGGAUA